GACUUUCUUUCCCUCUUCGUCCCCCUGCUCAGUCAACACAGUGCACAUCCAGCACCCGACCAUCACCAAUCGACAACAUGCCUCCUAAGGGUAAGAAAGUUGCUCCCGCGCCCUUCCCCCAGGGUAAGGCCGGUGCCAACAAGAAGACCAAGAACCCCCUCUUCGAGGCCCGUAACCGCAACUUCGGUAUCGGUCAGGACAUCCAGCCCAAGCGCAACUUGUCCCGCUUCGUCAAGUGGCCCGAAUAUGUCCGUCUUCAGCGCCAGAAAAAGAUCUUGAACCUCCGUCUCAAGGUCCCUCCUGCUAUUGCUCAGUUCUCCAACACUCUCGACCGCAACACUGCUGCUCAAACCUUCAAGCUCCUCAACAAGUACCGCCCCGAGUCCAAGGCUGAGAAGAAGGAGCGUCUCCACAAGGAGGCCACCGCUGUUGCUGAGGGCAAGAAGAAGGAGGAUGUCUCCAAGAAGCCCUAUGCCGUCAAGUACGGUCUCAACCAUGUUGUUGGUCUCGUUGAGAACAAGAAGGCUUCUCUCGUCUUGAUUGCUCACGAUGUUGACCCCAUUGAGUUGGUUGUCUUCCUUCCUGCUCUUUGCCGUAAGAUGGGUGUUCCUUAUGCCAUCAUCAAGGGCAAGGCUCGCCUCGGAACUGUCGUUCACAAAAAGACCGCCGCCGUCGUCGCUUUGACCGAGGUCCGCUCCGAGGACAACUCCGAGUUCUCCAAGCUCGUCUCCGCCAUCAAGGAGGGUUACUCUGACAAGUACGAAGAGAACCGUCGUCACUGGGGUGGUGGUAUCAUGGGUGCCAAGGCCAACGAUCGCCAAGAGAAGAAGCGCAAGGCUAUCGAGUCCGCCAUAAAGAUCUAAGGCAUUGGUCUGACUGAACCCUAAAAAAAAGUUGUUUUUUCUUGCACCCUGUGAUACGUCCUUUCAUGUCAUGGGUUAUGAGAAAGAAAGUUCCCAAAAAAUUCAAUGAAGAGAUGAUGAAUACCUUCAAAUUAUGUUUUUUUUUUCUAUUUUCCUUGCAGAUACCCCCUUUGACUACCAUGCUCGUCAUCAAAUGCCAAAAUCAUUUUGUUUUGGUCUGAAAGGAAUAUUUCUGUCUUCGGUAGUAAGGAGUAUCAGUAAUUCGGAAUUCUAAUAGAGAUGUAUUGUGAAGGAUGGGUUUAUUAUAAUG